UGAGUACCACUGGCCCACAGAGGUGAGCCAUAGUAGCGAGCACACCGACUGACGCGUUGGUGGACGCGCUUUUUCCCUCCACAGGGACUUGAUCGCCGGGCACCUUUCCGGAAAUGACCUUCGCAGCUUCGGCCUCACCAGCUGGCGUCACUUCAACGUCGUCAAGCUCCACGCUACAAAGCGAGUUUACUUCGACGGUAGCAGGCCUGCUCUGGGCUUCUUCGAGCGUCAUCGCCGUGGAAUGCACACAAGCUGCGACAUUUGCUACCGACCAAUGGUCGAACCUGCUGAGUUCAAUCCGAAAGGAGCUGAAAAGCUCUGUAUCAGCUGCUUGUACCGAGAAUAUUCCAGUCCUCGUACUCGACUUGAAGAGGUUCAACAGCUGCACCUCAAUGAUAUGCAGGCUCUAUCCAGCAUGAAGGUGUACCAAUUCACGGAUCAAGCAAUGUUCCGCUCCUUGAUGAUGUAUCCCGUAGGCUACAACGAAGGCGAGCUAUACAGGAACCCAGAUGACUUUGGUGGCAAUCUCAUCGGAGCUACCGUCUCAAUCUGCCCUAAUCUAGAGGUUCUUAAGGUGACCAAUACGGCUAUUCCAGUCACGGAAGGCCUGGCUCACCACCUGAGGGAUUGGUGCGUCAAGCUCCGCGAGUUCACCUACUUGGGAAAGGCCUUCGACACCACCGCUAUGGCAACCUUGCUGCUGGACCUCGACACGCUCGAGACUCUUCACGUAUCCGGUCUCAAGACUUGCGAGUGCCAGGGCGAAGAAGCCUUCAAGCGAGCCAUCGAAAAGCUUGGCAAAGCCCUGAGGGGCCACCAGAAGCUCACCAACUUGUCCUUUACUGCGUGCCGAGCUCUCAGGAUCGAGAAUGGUCGACUCCUGAACAUCCUUGGUGCUCCUAUCCUAGAGGAAGACGAGGAGAUGACGGAUGCUGCAGCUCCCGCAAGCACCGAAGCACUCAAGUAUGGUGACCUGAAGCUCAAUAGUCUCGAAUUUCGUCGAUGCCCAGUGCCUGGUCAAGCACUCGCCAUCUAUCUAUCGUCGCCUCCGGCGGCACACUUGAAGCACCUAUACAUUGGAGGAUGCAAGUCCGUCAAAGCCCGUGACCUGUCGGAAGCGGUGGUCAAGGACGCCGAGGGUCUGAUCGCCUCCGAUGAGCCGCUUGAAGUGGAGAUCGAUGGAUACUUGAUGUCCAAGAACUUCUUCAAGGGUCUCCAGCAUCGCAUUACGCGCCUGCGAAUCUUCGAGCCCAACUACGCCCAGUACUGCACCCUGACCUCGUCUAUCGAAAAGGGCUAUCUUCCUCGACUGACCAGCAUCGUCAUCCUCCCGGCUCAAGAAGACUUGGCAUUGUGGGGUGUGCGAUACUUGAGGUUCAACGGCACCCGAUUCGUCUACAGCUCAGUCUGGAGUCCUGAUCACUUGGCCAGGUAUGCCCGUAAGCACAUGGGUGUGGAAGAGGGAGAAGAGGCAGCCUUUCACCCGCGUUGGGGACACCUCAAGGAAGGCCUGCAGAAGUGGAUAUCAUGGGCUGGAAGCAAUGCAGAAGUCUCUGUAGGCGAUGAUGCUUGGCAGGAGAUGCGAGAAAACCAGGCUCGAUUGGGAUACUGGAAGAGUCAGGGAGAGUGGGAGGCGCUGGACUUGCAGAAAUUCGGGGAGCCUCGAAGGAGCGAGAGUCCCAGCGUGGACCGCCAUAGUGUAGCCGAGAGACGUCGGGAGAGGAGGCACUCGCCCUUCCCUUGCAAAGAGUGCCGAAAGGCCAAGUAAGAGACGCAUACCCUGAAUAGUCGAAGGGUCAAUCCAAACAAAAAAGGAAAAGGCUACAUGCCUGUGCUCGGUGUUGUUGAUUGGGUCGUGCCUGUAUCUAGUCUUGUCUUGCUUCGUUGAGGAAUCGUACAUCUAUCAUCCACAUAGCAUAGCAUAGACUCGAGGGAGGUGUGAGUGUAGCUCACGAGUGGUGGUACGGCAUGGUCUUGUCGUCUAGCCAUCCUCGCCUGUUGCUGCGAUG